ACGUUCUGGGCCUAUUGUGUUAUUUUCUUGCCGAAAAUUUAGCGUCUACUCACGAAGUUCAUCUUUUAUAUAAUACACACACGCCACACAUAUACACAUCUAUAUGGAAUGUGUCACUUCCGAUUUUUUUCUUAGGUCAAUACUUACGAUAUUUCUAAAGAAUUCUGUAGAUUUGACAGGGAGUGUUUAAUGUUCUUUUGGCAAGAUCUUUCGAAAACGGAUGCCGGCACCGAAGCUCCGAUAAGUAUGCGGAGUGACAUCCAUCAGAAUACAUCCGGUGGCGAUCCUAUCCUAUCGAUGACAUCUCGCGUACUGCUGAUCGAUGUCCUCGGCGAACGCCGUGAUGCCCCUUCCCGAAAACCGCAUCUGCGCCGAGGACAUCCAACUAGGAAGUCGGACUCUUGGUGGGAGGUUUAGAGCUCAUAGAACUUUGACGUCAUCCGCUCCUGUGAGUUCCAACGUGAGAGAAUUGAUCCGAGGUCUUGUCAAUAUUAAUGUCAUGCCACUUAAAAUAGAUAAUGUUGGAAAAAGAGUUCGGCAUAACAAGAUUAUUACCAGAUGUAAAUACGAUGUAAUGCGGCAAAAAGAUAAGGAGCGUGCGUGCCGAAAUAAGGUGUGUAAAGCUGAACAAUGCCUAUACAUAUAUCGAAAUACACAUGUGUAAUGGAAAAUGUAAAAAAUUAAAUAUCUAUUUCCUUUGUGGAUCUUGCUUUGUAAGAGCAAUUAACGCCAGUCAUUAAUAAAAAUACUU